CCAAGCGCCGGGUCAGUGUGUGGGAAGUGCUGAAAUUUCUGAACGUCACUGCCACCGCCGCCUUUGGCCACGGAGAUUACAACUACUGCGGUCACUCGCAKUUUGGGAUAGUUGAAGAUCGAAGAGGAAACCUUGUCAAAAAACCAAGGACUCAAAACAUAUAUCUACCCASUAGUCCGGAUACAAUAGCGGAAAUAAAAGUUUCGCUCCGGUUUAGUGCUACAUGGUUAUGGAGAAGAAGAGGAUGGAUUGCCCCUCUCUGCCACCGGGCUGGAAAAAAGAAGAAGUGAUCCGGAAGUCAGGGCUCAGUGCUGGCAAG